AUGGCUUGUACCACAGGUAAUACCAAUACUACUUCAAUCAGCACUACUACCGCUAUUGUUAGUGAUACCGCGGCACUAACAUCCGAUCAUCAUUCUUUCACAUUUGCUAAUAUUAUGGGACAGGGUCGAGUGAAUCAACUUGGUGGUAUAUUUAUUAAUGGCCGGCCGUUGCCUCAGCACAUCCGAUUGAAAAUUGUUGAAAUGGCUACCAAUGGCGUAAAGCCAUGUCAUAUCAGCCGACAAUUACGUGUUUCGCAUGGUUGUGUAUCAAAAAUUUUAUAUCGUUAUGCUGAAACUGGAUCCGUAUCACCUGGGCAGAUCGGUGGCAAUCCACGAUUGAGAAAAACAAUUCUGGCAUUGGAGGAGCAUAUAGCACGAAUUCGUCAAGAUCAACCCACUCUCAAUGCUCAUGAAAUUCGUUUAAUGCUUAUUGACAAAGGAAUUUGUAGUCGUUCCAAUGCACCAACCAUUUCUUCAAUACAUAAAUACAUGAGAGAUAGGAAUAUGCGAAAUGAAAUUCAAAAUCAAUACUCAUCAAAAACUUUUGCACUGAAGCAAUCAAAAGCCUUUACAUUAAAACAUAGCAUAGAAGGCAUUCUCGGUAUCUCUGCAGGAAAAUGCAAUAGUACUGAACAAUUACUUCCGGAUUGUCGGACAGAAAUGAUCGGUAGGACUCGACGAAAUAGAACAAGUUUUACGCAAGAACAAUUAGAGGUACUAGAAGCGGCAUUUAAAGCAAACACCUAUCCGGAUCAAGAAUUGCGUGAACGUCUUGCUGCAGCUACCAAACUGGAUGAGGGUAAAAUACAGGUUUGGUUUAGCAAUCGUCGAGCACGAUGUCGGAAAUCUCUGGCGACAUCGACAUCUAAUCCAUUUAUGUUUUAUCCAAGUUCUUCAGUGCCCUUUUCUCAAGAGAUGGAUGUUUUAACAUCGGCAAGAUCUGAUAUCGGUGCAUCCCUUCUGCUGAAUUCACGCACGGCUGCAGCCACUGCUGCCGCCAUACGCUCAAUAAACUUUGCAGAUUUAUCAUCACUGUUAUUCCCAUCGAACGUCUGA